AUGUCGAAAAUUGAAGGAAAUAGCGGCAGAAAUGUUAAUGAUGAAGAUGGCGUAGAUAAUACGUUAACAAUUAAGUGUGGUGGAUCAAUUGAUCAGGAUGAUCACUGUUUUGGGAGAUCUGAAGAAGCACAACCGAUAAAUGAUGCAGCAUCAUCUCCAAUGCAACCGAAUCGGAUAGAAUUGGCAGAAAGAAAACUUCAGACAUCGAACGGAAAUAAAGAUAUCUUCACACGUGUUAUACAUUUUCGUGAAUCCGUUCACGUUGAUAUUCCAAACUCACCCAAAACAGUCUCUGAAUCAUCUAAUACGGAGAAAAGAGCAUGCCGUAUUUGUCAAUCGGAAACCGGUGAACUUGUUCGGCCAUGUGCUUGCACGGGAACUAUGGGAGAUAUUCAUGAGCAGUGUUUAAAUGAAUGGCUAUUACGAUCUAACAAUAGUGAUCGAUGUGAGAUUUGUCAAGAAAAGUAUUCGAAAUCUGGAAAUAUUUUACAGCCUAUAUGGAAAUGGCAGAAACCAGAGAUUGAAAUGACAAAUAUUGUUGAAGCAUCAUCAGUAAUUUGCUUAUCAAUAUGUUUAUGGUAUAUGAUAACGCUUACUAUUGAACGGGAAUUUUUUGAUCGAGUUUUUAUAGCCGGUUUACCACCACGUUCACCUGAUAUUGCACGUAUAUUGGUAACAUUUUUAAUCAUAUCAACGCUAAUUGGUGGUUUAUUGAAUAUAGCAGUGCGCAUUUGGCAUUAUAUCAACAAACAGCGCGCCAUACGUUUCAUUGAUUCUGAUUUCAACAAAAAAACAAAUAAAUAA